AUUAUGUGGGGCUUGAUGGUUGUGUAUGUAACUGUUCAGCGACUGUACAUCACAGCAGCAAGCCAGAUGUGAGAUAGGAGAGGAGCCCCCGAUACACCGAAAACAUGGAGGACGACCUGGUGUCUGAGGACGAUUUCUUGCUGUUGUCAGAGAAGGAGUUCCAUGAUGCCGUAAAGAUUAAUAACACAGGGAAAAUGCAGGAACUGAUCAAGAAGGGUGUGGACAUCAAGGCCAAAAAUAAAGUAGACCGUAAAGCACUACAUUGGGCGGCAGGAGCUGGGAAUGAACAGGCUCUUCGACUCCUUCUGGACCUUGAUACUGAAGUCGAUGAGAGGGACAUUUUUGGCAUGAAUGCACUGCUUCUGGCAUCCUGGUUUGGUCACCUAAACAUCUUACAGAUCCUGGUGUCCUGUGGAGCAAAGCUCAACUGCGAAAACAAAGAUGGUCUAAGUAUGCUGCACUGUGCUGCUCAGCGAGGCCACAUCAGAGUAUUGGAGUUUAUCAUGGAGGACCUUGAAGACAUCUGUCUGGAUAGAAUGGACAAGUCAGGGAAGACAGCUCUUCAUCUGGCUGCUGAACAUGGACAACUUGAAGUGGUGGAGUAUCUGAUUGGAAUGGGUUGCUCCCAUGGUUUGAAGGACAAGGAAGAAAACACAGCCAUGCAUUUAGCAGUGAAGCGUGGGCACACAGAGGUCCUACACAAGAUUCUGGAGACUGGAGUUGACGUCGAUGAGAGGAAUAUAGACGGUCUCACAGCAUUUCACCUUGCAGCUGAUGGAGGUCACUAUGAAUGUGUCAAACUGCUCUUGGAGUCCAGCUGUAAUGUAAAUGCACAAACUAAUAAGAAUAUGAAUGCUCUCCAUUACGUAGCUCAGCAUGGCUUUGACAGAGAGGCCAGUUUACUUCUGGAUGCAGGAAUCAAUUUCAAUGCCAUAGACAAUCAACAGAACACGCCACUCCACAUGGCUGUGUUCAACAAUCACACUGAGGUUCUACGGCUGCUGAUAGAUGCUGAUUGUGACCUCGACCUCACUGACAGUAGACAGCAGACCGCUUUGCACAUAGCAGCAGAACAUGGCUGGCAGGACCUGGCUGAGAUGAUGCUGAUUUCAGGGAUGAACCUUAAUUUGACUGACAAGCAGGGGAAAUCCUGUCUGGAGGUGGCAGCUAGAGGAAACCAUGUCAUCCUGGUUGACAUGAUCAUCAAAGCCGACCGUUUCUAUAAAUGGGAGAAGGAUCACAUGGAGAGUGAUCAGGAUUCCUGGGUGGGGAGGCCUCUGAGCUUCAAGCAGGACCACCAACCAGAGACACAGCACCUCCGCUCUGUCGUGUGGACCUUGGCCACUAAGCACCUCUGCCGCGGGGAAUGGAAGAUUCUGGCUCAGCAAUGGGACUUCAGUGAUGCACAUAUACGAGCUAUAGAACAACAGUGGACAGGUAUGAAAAGCUUUAAAGAGCAUGGUCACCGCAUGUUGUUAAUCUGGCUCCAUGGUGUUGGGGUGGCAGGGGAGAACCCAAUCAAAGGCCUCUAUGAGGGGCUGGUGGAGAUCUCUCGCACAGACCUGGCAGAGUGCAUCAGACAGAAGGCAAACGCAGAGACCAGCUCUCCUAAAAUGUGCUCUGCAAUGUGAAGACAACAUCUAGCUGAUAGAACCCUGAACAGAGCUAAAAAAAUCACUUGUAUUGAAUGAUAAAUGUUUUGCACUUUUCCAGUCUUGAUAACCAGCGCUUUGCAGUACAAUUUUUCCAUUUACCCAUUCACAGACACUGAUGAGCAUGUGAACUAAUGUGCAUGUAUGUUCAGACUGACCUUUUCAGGCCUUUUUUAUCUUGUUUUACUUACAACUUCACCUCUGGUUUAAUUAUUUGGUUCUGUUGGGAAGUCUGAUCAGAGUGACUUAAAAAGAGACCGGAGACGUUUUAUUUAUAUAGUUCAAUCCAAAGCAUAAAUUUCGAAAACAUGUAAAGAAAAACAAAAUAACUUAAUCUAUACUUGGCUUAAAUGGGGGAAACCUAUGGUGAGCGUGAGACAUGAUCAUGGCCAUUAAGUGAUGUCACACUUGAAACAAACUUGACACAGUGUGUCAACCUUUGAAAGCGGAUGUAUUGUAGUAAAAUGUUUUGGUUCCUCGCUUCAACUUGUCAGAAAUCAUUUGACCAGUUUUUACAAAGCAAGCUUUAUUAAAAACUAGUAUCAUUUACUACAGGGAUCACAGGACCUUCAACAAAAAUGUCAUUCAUGCCGAAACAUGAAAUGGUGCAGAUGUGUUUUCUCCUAAGUGUGGGCUACCUUAAACAUAUUGGUGUAUAUUUGUCUCAAUUUGUGUCUUUGCAAUGACUUCGUAAGCAAUGAUGGCAUCUUUAACAUUUGCUUCUCAUUCAGUCUGAACAUAUAUGAGGGAGUUGGAGACAGUGGUUGGACAGAAACCAUACACAGACCUAGAAACACUGUGGGGCACUAAUGCAGAGAAAUACAUAUAUAACCCUUUCAUCUUACAGAAAUCAUCUAGAGUGAAAAAUACAAAUUAUUGGGUUCGAGUGGAGUAUCUCUGGCAUUACAAAAAUGUCAGUUUUGAUUUGAUUCAUUUGAAACAGAAUCACUUCAGCCUUGAAAGAAUCACAACUGGUCCUGAACUCUCUUUCCCCCUCGCUUCGACUUCCUCCUCUCUCUCUUCUCUCCCUCCUUUCCACCCACCUCCCCAAUUUUUCUCCACUCACCCCAACCGGUUGAGGCAGAUGGCGUCCCAUACUGAGUGUGGUUCUGAUAAAGGUUUCUCCCCCUUAAAAGGGAUUUUUUUCACUCCACAAUGGGAACUGUUGAGUUUCUGUAGCAUAUUUUAAGGUCUUGACCUUACUAUGUAAAGUGCGCAAUACAAAUGAAAUUGAAUUGAAUAGUAAGAAUAAAUCAUAUUGAUUCUCUGUUUUACUCUUUACCAUGGUCAGGAUUUCUGCUACAUUACAAGAGUGCUGUUUACUAAAGUGGCUCAAUGAUAUUGUUUGUGGUACAUGACUUCAAGCUAAAGGAUGCUGUUGCACCUUAACAAAAGACAUCACUAUUAAAUAAAUUAAUAUAAAUAUGUAUUUUUAUUUAUCACCAAGGAGGUAAAGUUUUUGUCAGUUUGCUUGUUUGUUUGUCAGCAGAUAGACAUCGGCCAAAAAAAGAACACAAUCAAUUUUUACAAUUUGUGUGUUUUGCGUGUGUGGAUUUUGGUGUGAAUGUAAUUAAAGUUUUGUUUCAAUCGUGUUACUGGCGACUCUGUGGAUUAUACAUGUUUUGCAUGUCUUUGUAUGACUUCAUUCUCAAGUGAAUUGGGUUUAAAAUAAUUGCAUGAAAUGUAUAAAUAUUAUUUCCUCCAAAGUACUUUGACAAAGGUAUUACACAGGUAUUUAUAAUGCUUGACAAAUGUAAGGGAUUUAUGUAUUGUGUUAGGCCUAUAGUUAGGACAUUUAACAUGGAUGCCCCAUACUCCGAAUCUACACCAUCAAGAACAGAGUGAGCAUGUUAACAGUUUGGCUGUCAAACAGCCUGAGUAUGUAAAAAGUCUAGCAGGUCCCUCAUGAGACCGCUCAUGUGAUAAGUGAUUUUUUUUUCCUAAUUCAAUGCAAUAAGUAGAUUAUUCUGCACAAACCACAAGAGUGCAAACAAUUGUGUAACAUUAUUGUAUGAACUUUAAGUGUAACUGUGUACUUGGCAUGAGAUAAAUAAAAACUCCACUUUGAAAA